CUUCAGUCCAGCAGGUGGCGGUAAUUCAUCUUGAACUUCUUCGCUCUCCGCCAGUAACAAUAGAAGAAGAAGAACGAUAACAGCGCGAACUCUUCAGUCCUCUGCUCUUGUUCUGUUUGAUAAGGUGUUCCACACUCAAUAAGAAUAAGCAGUGACGUAAAGAUGGAGUUUAUUAAAGAGGAGAAUGAUGAUGAUACAUGCCAUCAGUGUGGAAAGAGCUUCACAAGUAAAAGAAACCUCAAAGUACACAUGAGAAUUCACACUGGAGAGAAACCGUUCACAUGCCCUCAGUGUGGAAAGAGUUUCAGACAGAAAGAAUGCUUUAUGAUUCACAUAAGGGUUCACACCGGAGAGAAGCCAUUUGCGUGUCAGCUGUGUGAAAAAAGUUUCACAAGUCGAGGAAGUCUUAACAUUCACUUAAGGGUUCACAAUAUUGAGAAACCAUUCAAGUGCCCUGAGUGUGAAAAGAGUUUUGGACGUAAAGACCACUUCGAUCGUCACAUGCGAGUUCACAGUGGAGAAAAUCCAUUCUCAUGUCCUCAUUGUGAGAAGUAUUUUUUUGCUAAAACCAACCUUGAGAGUCACAUACGAAUUCACACUGGAGAGAGGCCGUUCACAUGUGAUCAGUGUGGGAAGAGUUACAAAUGGUCAAGUAGUCUCAGAAUUCAUAAACUCUUUCACUCCGGAGAAAAGCCAUUUAAGUGUGAUCAGUGCGAUAAAAGGUUUGUCCUGGAAAAAGACCUAAAGGCCCACAUGAAAACUCACACUAAAGAAAAGCCUUACUUGUGUUCUGUUUGUGGAAAGAGUUUUGCAUGGCUGAUACGUUUUAAAGACCAUCUGAAAAUACACUCUGGUGUGAAAGAGUAUUUGUGCAAAGACUGUGGUAAAUCUUUUACUGCAGCCACUCAGCUGAAAGUGCACCGCAGGAUCCAUACUGGAGAAAAACCUUACAAAUGUUCACAUUGUGAGAAGAGUUUCAAACAGUCAGGAGCCCUAAAAGACCACGAGAGAAUCCACACUGGAGAGAAACCAUUCCAGUGCCUUCCAUGCGGCAGGAGAUUCACUCAUUCCAAAACUGCAAUGAUGCACAGAAAGAAGCAUUGCCCAAAACUGAAGUCAGUAUGACUGGAGGAACAAGAGCUUAAGAGCUCAGCAGUCCAUGAGUGCUGAAAUAUUGCCCUUGUUUUAGACUGUUUGGGAUUCGAAAUGUGAAAAAAGUUCAAACACACCUUACUGAGCAUGCAUAUAAUAUGAAUGACGUAGUAAAGUUAAUUUUUUUGUUAUUUUAAUACUUUAUGAUUCUUCAUACACUUGCAUUACUGUAAUUGGUUUUUAGAAUUUAAUGCUGCUGCUGAAAAGGAACAAAAUGAGAUCCAGUUUCUGUUAAAAUAUUCUCUUGUAGUGAUGGACUUUUAUUAAAACAAAUAUUCCAAUGUGA